AAAGAGAAUACAGAGCUAUCCUCUACAAUAUUCCCAUCAUAUGCCAGAAAGACUUAGAAAUAAAAUUAAAAUGUCCAUGCACUAUAAUAAUAAUAAUAAUCAAAAAACAGAAAAUAUGAGAACUGUUUUUUCACUACAGGCUGGACUCUUAUUGCUCGAUUCUCAAACAGCGAUGGCAAAAAUUGGAUGCGUGACGAUGGUAGAUGGUGGUACGACCAACAAAUUGCCCUAGGAGCGACAAACAACUCUUCAAAGAACGACGAUAUGAUUUCAACAGCCUUUUGGUCGGUCAGCGGCAGAGAAUUAAAAAUCACACGCAGUGACGACCCCAGCCACAUCCCUCUGUUACAGACCACAGGUAACUGUUUGGGUGGACAAACAUUUCGAUCUAAAAUCACAAGUUAUGGCGACUUUAGAAAUGGCACGGUCUGGGCCAGUGAUCAGUGUCUGGGAAGUUGUCCAGUUCAAUAUGGCGGACAGUACAAGUCAACAGACGGGUUUCAACAGGCUGAUUGCAAUGGAAGCAUCCAAAGCGCUAACAAGAUUGGCUUCUGGUGUGACUGGAGUGGUGGGGAUGGAGCAGUGAUGAUGAUUGGAGGAGGAGGAAGUAGCUGUGCACGUGCUGAUCAUGGGAUUGGGAUCACAGAAGCUGACGCUGCUUCUUUCAUUGAAGAUGGUAGUAGUGAAUAUGACUUUGGUUAUGAUGCUCCAUCACAGUCCUACUCGUUGAACUUAUGGAUACGUUAA